AUGAUUCUAAAUUUAGAUAUAAUAAAGGAAGAGUUCGAAGAGUAAGUUGAAUAGGAGACAUAUAAGAAAAUUUAAUAUCCUCUUGUACAACAUGAUAACCAACUUAAUGAUGACCAAUUUAUUCCAGAUGAAAUAGUAGAUGACGAUAAAAAUAGAGAAUAGAGUGGAGAAAAUAGUUAAUAGAUAGCGGGAAUGGUAUUUACUGGCUUAGGAGGAUUUUACACCGACUAGGCAAUUGAUUUUUAAGAAGCAAAGCCUUAGAAUUACUAAUAUCGAAGGCUUACAAUUUAUUCUAAUUUUACUUAGUUUUAUCGACCAAGUGAAGUCGAGAAUGACAAUUUAGAAAAUUAGAACAGAAAUUUAUUUGAAAACUUUUCAACUUUUGCAGCAUGGUCUAUACUUACAUACCAAACAGUUAAUAAUGCUAUCAUACCUGCAUGGAUAAUGACAAUACCAUUAGAUAAAUACUUGAGAAUAACUUGGAGAUUUUUGAUAUAGAGUAUAUUUUUAAUUCCUAUAAUGAUGUAUGAACAAAGAACUGGAAGUUAGUAGGUGAAAUAGUAAUAUGAAAUUCGAUAUAUUUUUAAAUGGGAAAAUAUGAGAUAACUUUAUUUUGCAAGUAUAAGUCCAACAAUUGCAUGCACAAUAUUUUUGUUUUGUUUUGAUUAUAACUACAUUGCCACUAUUUUCAUUUUGGGAUCCCAAACAAAUUUCUGGCUUUCAUUUAUUCGAGAUAAAAUAUAGAAUCAUAUAUUAGAGAAGCGUGGUUAGAUAUUCAGUAUUUUUGGAUUUUUGUUGAUUGGAGUUCAGUCUAUAACAAUGAGUAGUGGUUCUGGAAUACCAAUAAUGGCAUCUAAUUAUAUUAAUACGUCUGUAUUCACUUAAGUUCCCCAAUUAAAAUUACUGAUUGGGACUAUGGUGCCAUUUGCUUCUUCGUUGCUGUUGGCUAGAUGUUCCGUAUUUAAUUUGAGAGUAAGAAACACAUUCCCGAUUUACUUGUGCAAUUAUUUCAUAGCGAUAUUUGUUAGUUUGAAUAUCUUUAUGGUUGCUUAUUUUGUUGAUGGGAUUUCGUUGGAUGAUGAUCCAAAGUUUGGAGUUUUUGGGUUGUUCACAAAUUAGAAGUUUAUAGAAUUUUUAUAUAAUUCAGUGAUCAUAAUAAUAGGAAUAUCCAUUUGUUCUGUACUAACAGUUUAGUUAUUUGAUCCUUUGACUUUGGCUAUUUGUAACCUUAUUGAGCCUUUGAUAACAUCAGUUCUGUGUAAAUUUACAGGGGUUCAAUAUUAUCCAGAUGGGUUGACUUAUUUUGGGUACUUUUGGUUACAAUUUGGAUAAUUGUUGAUUAUAAUAGGGUAGGAUUUGCAUAAAAGGUAAUUGGAUAUGAGUGCCAAGCUGAACACUUAAUGUAAGCAUUCUUCAAGCAAGAAGACGUUGUGA